GGAGCCGCCGAGCGCUCCCCAUCGCCUUCUUCUCCGCCCUCGCCGGUGCCUCGGAGGCAGCAGCGGGGCGAGGGGCGGCCGCCGGGGCCGCUGCCCGCUUCCCCGCCGAGGGGGUGUGCGGGGGGCAUCGCCCGGAGCCCCCGGAGCCGCCUUCAUGUUCCAGCUGCCCAUCCUCAAUUUCAGCCCGCAGCAGGUGGCCGGGGUAUGCGAGACCCUGGAGGAGAGCGGGGACAUCGAGAGGCUGGGACGCUUCCUCUGGUCCCUGCCCGUGGCCCCCGCCGCCUGCGAGGCUCUCAACAAGAACGAAUCCGUGCUGAGAGCCCGAGCCAUCGUGGCCUUCCACACGGGGAACUACCGGGAGCUAUACCACAUCCUGGAGAACCACAAGUUCACCAAGGAAUCGCACGCCAAACUGCAAGCCCUCUGGCUGGAAGCUCAUUACCAGGAGGCGGAGAAGCUGCGGGGGCGACCCCUGGGGCCGGUGGACAAGUACCGGGUGAGGAAGAAGUUCCCGCUGCCCCGCACCAUCUGGGACGGCGAGCAGAAGACACAUUGCUUCAAGGAGAGGACGAGGCAUUUGCUGCGGGAGUGGUACCUGCAGGACCCUUACCCCAACCCCAGUAAAAAGCGGGAACUGGCUCAGGCCACGGGACUUACCCCCACGCAAGUGGGCAACUGGUUCAAAAACCGCAGGCAAAGGGACAGGGCGGCAGCCGCUAAGAACAGGCUACAGCAGCAGAUCCUCACGCAGGGCUCGGUGCGGUCGCUGCCAGCGGAGGAGGAGAGCGGCGGGGAGGCGGUGGGCGCAGCCUCCAGCCCCGCCGCCAGCCUCUCCAGCAAAGCGGCCACCUCCGCCAUCUCCAUCACAUCCAGCGACAGCGAAUGUGACAUCUGACACCGCCGCUAUGACAAACCGGGGGCAGCGGGAGCUCCGGCUUGACUCCGGCUGCCUGCCCGCACGGCCGGAGCGGCGGGGCUUGCGAUCGCCCGGCCGCACUCGCCAAACACGGGCGCUCGCCAGUCACACGCCUCCCUCCCAGCCCCGCAGCAGACUGCGUUAAAAAAAAGUGAGAAAAAAAUCGUUGCCGCCUUUAUUUAGAAGGAUUUUCAGAAUUGAUGCCUAAAAAAAAAAAAAAACCAAAAAAACAAAAAAAAGGAAAAAAUAUUAAAGAAAACCCACAAAUCGUUUAAAAAGCUAACAAACAAACAAACAAAAAAAAUCAAUAAACCCCCACCCCGAAUGCCAAGUUGCAAAAUGCCUGAGCGCCUGCCCGCGGGGAUGUUUCUUGUGGAAAAGACGCUGUUCUUUUUGUUGAGUUUUGCUUUACUUUAAAGGGUUUUUUACAUAUAUAUAUAUAAUGUUUAUUUACUUAUUUAAGGGAUUGCUAUGGUAGAUUUUUUUCUAUUAUUAUUAUUUUUAAUUAUUAUUAUUUUUGGCUUGUUCUCUAUGUGCACAGGUGACUUGUAGAGCAUGUGCAGGACGAAACUGUAUGAAGCAGCCUAAAACCAUAAUAAAAUAUUUG